AUGGGAAAGGCUUCCAACGCGAAGCAUAGGAACCACCGAGGCGGCGGCGAUAAGCCCGAGAAGGGUUACACCGGGGACCGUGACGAAGUGGAAUCAGCUGACGAGGGUUCUAGCGAUAGCGACUAUCUUUCGGAGUCGGAAGACGAAGGGACUGACGAUUACAAGCGAGGUGGUUACCACCCCGUGAAGAUCGGCGAUUCGUUCAGGAACGGUCGUUAUCGCGUGGUGAAGAAGUUGGGAUGGGGUCACUUCUCGACCGUCUGGCUUGCGUGGGAUGAAACGGAGAAGCGCUACGUGGCUCUCAAGGUGCAGAAGAGCGCGUCGCACUAUACCGAGUCAGCUCUUGACGAGGUUCAGCUCCUCAGACAGGUGGCGGACGGCGAUCCGCGGAGCGACAAGUGCGUGGUGCGCCUACUAGACCACUUCCGCCACUCGGGCCCGCACGGCUCGCACGUGUGCAUGGUCUUCGAGUCUCUAGGGGAGAACCUCCUCUCGCUCAUCCGCCGCUUCCGCUACCGCGGGCUCCCCCUCCCCGCAGUCAGGCACCUCGCGCGCCACAUCCUCACAGGCUUAGACUAUCUGCAUAGGCAGCUGUCGAUUAUACAUACGGAUUUAAAGCCCGAGAACGUGCUGCUGGUGCGGGCGUGGGGGAGGGGCUGGGGGAUCGGCGGAAGGGGGGGCGUUGGCGUCACCGGCGUCGUCGGGACUGACGAAGAACCAGCGGAAGAAGCUGAAGAAGAAAGCCAAGAGGCAGGAGGGACGGCGGUGGAGGGAGGGAGGGAGUCGUCCGCGUUAGAAGCUGGGCUGAAAGAGUUCCUAGGGCUCGAAGGUAACGGAAAGGCAAGAGGGCCAGGUGAAGAGGUGGAGACAGGGGCCGAAGCAGGGGCAGGGGGGGGUGGAGAGGCAGGGGCAACAGCAGCAGCAGCAGCAGCAGCAGCAGCAGCAGCAGCACCUGUAGUAUCACCGCUGGCAGCGGGACAGGGAGCACAGAAGGGGGUAUUCACGUCUUCGUCUUCAAUGGAGGAUUACCUUGGGCUGGCCGACCUAGCUGCGUCUGUUGCUGCCACUGGCACCGCUUCUGCUGCUGGUGGUGGCGGUGGUGUGGCAGGGACUGAUGGUGGCAUACAGAUCGUGGACCUCGGGAAUGCCUGCUGGACGUACAAGCAGUUCACGAGUGACAUUCAGACGCGUCAGUACCGCUGCCCCGAGGUGCUGCUGGGGGCGCGCUACUCCACCUCCGCUGACAUGUGGUCCUUCGCCUGCCUCAUCUUUGAGCUCGUCACUGGAGAUGUGCUCUUUGACCCGCGCUCAGGACAUGACUUCGACCGGGAUGAGGAUCAUCUGGCGCUCAUGAUGGAGUUGAUUGGUCGGAUUCCAAAGAAGAUUGCCCUAGGCGGCAAGUACUCUCGGGACUUUUUCUCCCGCAACGGGGAGCUGAGGCACAUAAGGCGCCUCAAGUUCUGGCCGCUAGAGCGAGUGCUCACAGAGAAGUACGACCUCCCCCCAGCAGAAGCCACCUCCCUCGCCUCCUUCCUCACCCCCAUGCUUGACUUUGCCCCUGAGAGACGCGCCACUGCCCGCCAGGCCCUCGCCCACUCCUGGCUCGCCGAACCUGAGCCGGAGCGGCCGCUAGGUUCGGCUGGUGCAGGAGGUUCGGGUGCAGAGGUAGGGUCGGGUGGGGCGGUGGGUCGAGGGGGUGGGGAGGUGGAGGAUAAGAGGAAACGGGGGGAGAGUAGGGAGAUUAAGGGGGGUGGAGUGAGGGAAGGGAAGGAGAGCGGUGAGAGGAGGGAGGGAGAGAAUGGGGUGUGUGCGGAUGGGAAGGGAAAGGUGAACGGGGUAGAUGGGGGAGGGAUGAGAGAUAAGAGGGAACGGACUGGAGGGAGGGGAGGGGGUGGUGGAGUGAUGAAUGAGGAAGGUGAAGGCAUGGAUUGCAAUUCUGGGGAUGGUGCAAUUUCCGGGCAAAGAGGAGGUAAAGCAGCUGUUAAAGCAGCUGUAACGUCGCCUUUAGCGGCUUCGGUGCCUUUGUCGGCAUGA